CGAACACUUGAAAUUACGAGUGUCAGUGAAGGCACCACAACCCUUGGCAGGGUGUUGAACUUUGUGUCACAAGGUCGGGAAUUUCCAUCCUUUUGUGAACAGAAACAGAAACUAAAGUAUUUUAACCCUUGAGUGUCACUUGAAUGUCCCUUUCUGUUGCUGUUGUCUGUUUUAUUCACCAAGCACACGUGCAAAACAUGACGCCUCGCAAUGUUUUUGACAUUUGAUCAGCGUGAGGCCGCCUCAUCUAUUUCUGUCACAGCGUCGGCUUGCGUUGCAGCUGCGGCCAGAGUUGAACCGUCGCACUCCACUCUUGGCCUGCAAUGGUCCGGUCAAAGCUGACCUCUUGCGGUAAAUAUCGCUCCAGCGCUUCGGUCGUUGCUGCGUGUGUGGUUUUGCUCAGAUUCGGGAUCGAUUGCGUCUGACCGUGUCCUCCCGCAGUCAUUCCGCAUGGAUCCGUAUGAGAUCAGGGGAGCGAGACUGGACGCGAUUGCGGAAGAAGCGGAACUGCAGGAAUUGAACCGAGACACGCCCGCCCCCCAGCAGUCCGCUGGGGAGAACAAGGCCGGACGUGGUGAUGUCCUCCACGAUGCUCGUGUGGAGAGUGAGAUCGACAGCACCAGGAACCGGUUGCAAGAGAAGCUGGCUGAGAUGGCGAACUUUACAGGACACCUGGAAGAAAUCUUUUUGACCGUAGAGGAGAAUUUCGGCCGGCGGGAGCAGCACCUGGAGCACCACUACACCGAGGUGCUCCAGACAAUAUCGCAGCGUUAUGACGAGCGUGCGGCCGGAUUGGAAGAGGAAAAGAAGGCCAAGCUGGAGGUUCUGUACGCCCAGCUGCUGGCCUGCGGCCACGCGCUGGAUGCCUCCAAGGAGCUCAUCGAGGAAGCCAAGGAGGUCUACCGCGGCCAGGACAGCAGACUUUUCCUCAAGGCAGUCGUUCCCACCAUUAAACGGAUUGAGGAAUUCGCCAAAGAGGAACUGGACCUGACGCUGGCGACAAGUCUCGAUUUUGAAACGCCGCCGGCUGACUUGUCGGAUGUCAAAAGCAUGAUGGACUCCAUCAACGUCAUCCCAGCCCCAUCCGCCCCGGUUAUCAACCCCCAAACGGCGAACUCCGCCACCCAGACGUCCCUGCGCGUGUGCUGGAGUCUGUUCUCCGACGACACGGUGGAGUAUUACGAGCUGUACUGCAGACCCGUGCUGCAGGACGCCCCACCGGACGGCAACGCAGCGCCACACGUACGCAAGCUAAAAGUGCAAGAGACCCACUGCACAGUGGGAGAACUUCAGCCCGGUGCGCAAUACGAGCUCUGGGUGACAGCCACCAACACAACCGGCAUUAGUCCGGCCAGUGAGAAGGCCCUAUACCUGACCGUGCCAUCACCUCCGGUGCUCAAGCAGAGGGAGUGCUGCAGCUGUCCGGAGGCGGCUCUCAUACGCUGGGAGUCGGGAAACCCCGACCCCGUCGACUCCUAUACUGUGGAGCUUACUGAGCGGAUUGGGCCUGGCGGCGCUGAGAAGGGGGUCACUGAGUCUGUAGUAGCAGUUCCCACAUGUCAGUGUCUGAUCCAGCUUCAGCCAGGUCGCCAUUACCUCAUCUCUGUGAGAGCCGUCAAUAUCGGGGGGUCCAGCGACACGAGCGAGGUUAUCGGCGUCUCAACGUCCGGCACAUUGUUCCAUCUCCUGGAGGACACCGCCCAUCCGUGUCUGUGCAUCUCCGAGGAUGGUUUCACCAUUUUUUAUGGAGACGAAGAACCGCCGAUCAGCGCUAUGGCCUUCGACGAAAAUAACUUCACCAGCUGUGUCGCAGUCCUCGGCGACCUGAUUCCGGUGCGAGCAAGGCAUUACUGGGAAGUGGAGGUGGACGACGGGACGGAGUUCAGGAUUGGAGUGGCGUACUCGGACACGGAGAGAAAUUCCCAUCUGGGAGGAAACGACACCUCCUGGUGCAUGAGACACAUCCUCACUACUUCGAGGCACAAGUACGAGUUUCUGCACAACGGCCAGAGCCCCGACCUGAGGAUCACAGUGAACCCAGUCCGCAUAGGUCUGGCUUUGGACUACGACCGGGGCACGCUUUCGUUCUUUAACGUAGAACUGGAGCAACACCUGCACACCUUCCGGUGUCACUUUCAGCGUUACGUCCAGCCUUGCUUCGGCCUGGACAGCCCGGGAGCUCUGACCAUACGCAACGGCAUCGAGGCUCCAAAAUACACGUUCACGGGUCAUCCUUAAAUCACGUUUACAUGAAAGAGUCAGGUGAAAGUGUCAAAUGAAGGGCUUUUUAUUAUAUUAUUCCACGGGAACAGACAUCCAUUUUCCGGGAUAAGAAAACACUCUCACGCGUGGUUAUAUGAAACCGAUCUGAAUACUACUCACAAAAAAAAAAAAAAAAAAAAAAGGAAAAUGUGGGGCUGAGCUGUGAUUUCACAAAAUGUCCUGAUGAAUAAAAUCUAUGGUCAUCCAGCCGUCCAUUUUCUUAGCAGCUGAAACCUCACAAUCACACCUAGGGACAAUUUAGCGUCUCCAAUGAGUGCGUGUUUUGGGAGUGCCCGGAGAAAACUCACACAGGCACGGGGAAUACAUGCAAAGUCCACACAGGCGGGGGCCGGGAUUAAACCUUGGACCCCAGAACUAUGAGGCCAAAGCUUUACAGCUGUGCCGAUCUCUGGUCAUUUUCAUUAAAAAAAAAAAAAAAGAAAAAAUCCAUCCAAAACACACAGGCAAAAAUAAAUAGCUGUUGCAUUAUGGUCACGAACUACUCUGUGGACAUU